AUCAAUUUAUUCUUUGUUAUCAUCUUCGAAUUUUAUUUUAAUUUAACGGAUUUAUUUACUCUUAAAAAAUGUUUAUAGAGAAGAGAAUAAUGAGGCGAUUACACAAUCAAAGAAUAUGCUAUUAUUUGCAGUAUAUUUUAAGUUAAUGUAAUUUUUUUUAUUUCUUUACCAACAAAAAAGUUCAGACGUUAUCUGUCGUCGAUCUUAAACUCCGAUGUUGUUACGAGCCACCAUUUAAAAGACUCUCAAAGUGAAGGAGAAAGUCAAAUUCUUCCCAACAGUUCAAGAAAAGCAGAGUUUAUUCAGUAAAAGAAUGGUAGGAAGAGAGAGGAGAAUAUUCGUGGGAUUGGCGGUGGCUAUGUUUUUGGGCAUAACAGUUUAUUUUAGGCUCUGGAUGAUUGACUACUCCGUCUCUUCUCAUGAUACUGAGUUGCUAAGAAGACAGUUUGAUCUUGCAAACAAGGAGGCAAUGGAUGAAUCUGCAGAGUGGAGGCUGAGAUUUGAUGAAGAGGCAGACAAGGCUUCGAAGUGUGCCAAGGAACUAGAAAAGAUUAAGGAGUCCAUUGUGAAGAAGGAAGAUUCCAUUAGUUUUAACAAUAAACUGGCGCUGCUGCAAAAGGAAAAUGCUGCUUUACUCGAGCGGGUUGAAACGUUAAAAAAUAAGCUUGAGGAUGAGAAAAUGAGGUGUCGUCAUUUGCAAUAGAGAAACCGAUAAAAACUUGUGGGAACUGGGGCUGAUCAUAGCUUCACUGAGCUGAUUUCAUUGCUUGCAAAGCUGCAAAUAAGUUGUUCAUGGUUCAUGGUUCAUGGUCCAUGGUCCAUUUUGUUUGGCAAGGAUCAAUCUGUAGCUUCUUGGAUGGUUUAGGCCUAAAUUUUCUUGUAAUUAGUCAAACCGUUGGAACAUAGAUAAUUGUCUUUCUCCACUUAGAAUGUGGGUUAAUAUCAAAAAGAAAAAAUGUUUCCUUGUAGCAAUGGUUGGUUUACAUGUUCGAGUUGCAGAAACAGUUUUUGGUGCAAAUAAUGCAUGGUGAAGGCUGCGUGUAUCAUAAAUGACCCUCCCCAUCCCUUUAAGAAAAAGGGUAUACCUUUUUUCUUUUUUUGUAUUUUUCAUUCAUUUCUUGAUAAACUAUGAGAUUGUUACUUGUCAA